AUGGCGGACAACGGACCUGCUUCGAACGCUGCGCAGCUGCCCCCUCCUCCCCAGCCGAAUGCUGGAGCUCCAGGCUACGAGAACGGCCAGAAUGGCCAGUCAAACCCGGCGCACAUGCCCCCGCCUCCCCUCCAUAUUCCGCAGAACAACAACCCGAUUCCGACCGCCAUUACCUCGCCCAUGUCUGGUGUCGAUAAGGUUAUGUCGCCCGGUAGCGCUGGGGGAUUCGGCCGCCGUGCUGCUCCCGAACCUAACAAGCGGGCGCUGUACGUCGGAGGCUUGGAUCAACGUGUUACCGAGGAUGUCUUGCGUCAGAUCUUCGAGACUACUGGUCACGUUCAGAAUGUCAAGAUCAUCCCCGACAAGAAUGCUAAGGGCUACAACUAUGGAUUCGUUGAGUACGAUGAUCCCGGUGCGGCCGAGCGCGCUAUGCAGACCUUGAAUGGAAGACGUGUGCACCAAUCCGAAAUCCGCGUCAAUUGGGCUUACCAGUCCAACACCUCAAGCAAGGAGGACACCUCCAACCACUUCCACAUCUUCGUUGGCGACCUUAGCAACGAAGUCAACGACGAGGUUCUGACCCAGGCGUUCUCUGCCUUUGGCUCCGUAUCCGAAGCUCGUGUCAUGUGGGACAUGAAGACUGGCCGAUCUCGUGGAUACGGUUUCGUCGCUUUCAGGGACCGCCCGGACGCCGAGAAGGCACUCAGCUCCAUGGAUGGAGAGUGGCUUGGCUCGCGCGCCAUCCGCUGCAACUGGGCAAACCAAAAGGGUCAGCCGUCUAUUGCGCAGCAGCAGGCGAUGCAGGCUAUGGGCCUGACGCCCACGACACCUUUUGGCCACCACCAGUUCCCAGCUCAUGGUGUCGCCAGCUACGAGGUUGUCCUUGCCCAGACGCCGUCGUGGCAAACGACGUGCUAUGUUGGCAACUUGACUCCUUACACCACGCCAAACGACGUUGUCCCCCUGUUCCAAAACUUUGGCUUUGUGGUUGAGUCUCGAUUCCAGGCGGACCGAGGAUUUGCAUUCAUUAAGAUGGAUAGCCACGAGAGCGCGGCUAUGGCAAUCUGCCAGAUGAACGGCUAUAAUGUUAAUGGACGCCCCUUGAAGUGCAGCUGGGGCAAGGACAAGACCCCGAACCCUCAGGGCGGCGCCGCCGCCGGCUUCGACCCCUCGCAGCAGGCGUACAGCCCGCAAAGCGCCGCUUCCGGACCCGGAGGUUACCCCGGUACCCCGACUGCCUACUUUCCUCAAUACGGCGGUCAAUACCAAGGUCAGCACGGCAACUACGGUGGCCCAGCCGCUCAGUCCCCGGCCGGUUAUGGAGCGCAGCCCAUGGGAUACGGCGGACCGCAGAGUGCCGGAGGCUAUGGUCGCGGGCAACAGCCACCCAACCAGCAGUGGCCCCAGGGACCCCAGGGACAGAACUUCAACAACGGGUUCGCUGGGUACCAGGGCUAA